CCUGCGCUGGCCAUGCCCGUGCCCACGGAGGGCACCCCGCCACCUCUGAGUGACACUCCCAUCCCAGUCCCGGCCUACUUCCACCAUGCAGAACCUGGAUUCUCCCUCAAGAGGCCCAGGGGGCUCAGCCGGAGCCUCCCACCUCCCCCCCCUGCCAAGGGCAGCAUCCCCAUCAGCCGCCUCUUCCCUCCUCGGACCCCAGGCUGGCACCAGCUGCAGCCCCGGCGGGUGUCAUUCCGGGGUGAGGCCUCAAAGACUCUGCAGAGCCCUGGGUAUGACCCAAGCCGGCCAGAGUCCUUCUUCCAGCAGAGCUUCCAGAGGCUCAGCCGCCUGGGCCACGGCUCCUAUGGAGAGGUCUUCAAGGUGCGCUCCAAGGAGGAUGGCCGGCUGUAUGCGGUAAAGCGUUCCAUGUCACCAUUCCGGGGCCCCAAGGACCGGGCUCGCAAGCUGGCCGAGGUGGGCAGCCACGAGAAGGUGGGGCAGCACCCAUGCUGCGUGAGGCUAGAGCAGGCCUGGGAGGAGGGCGGCAUCCUGUACCUGCAGACGGAGCUGUGCGGGCCCAGCCUGCAGCAACACUGUGAGGCCUGGGGCGCCAGCCUGCCUGAGGCCCAGGUCUGGGGCUACCUGCGGGACACGCUGCUUGCCCUGGCCCACCUGCACGGCCAGGGCCUGGUGCACCUUGAUGUCAAGCCUGCCAACAUCUUCCUGGGGCCCCGGGGCCGCUGCAAGCUGGGUGACUUCGGACUGCUGGUGGAGCUGGGUACGGCAGGAGCUGGUGAGGUCCAGGAGGGAGACCCCCGCUACAUGGCCCCCGAGCUGCUGCAGGGCUCCUAUGGGACAGCAGCGGAUGUGUUCAGUCUGGGCCUCACCAUCCUGGAAGUGGCAUGCAACAUGGAGCUGCCCCACGGUGGGGAGGGCUGGCAGCAGCUGCGCCAGGGCUACCUGCCCCCUGAGUUCACUGCCGGUCUGUCUUCCGAGCUGCAUUCUGUCCUUGUCAUGAUGCUGGAGCCGGACCCCAAGCUGCGGGCCACGGCCGAGGCCCUGCUGGCACUGCCUGUGUUGAGGCAGCCUCGGGCUUGGGGUGUGCUGUGGGGCAUGGCAGCGGAGGCCCUGAGCCGAGGGUGGGCCCUGUGGCAGGCCCUGCUUGCCCUGCUCUGCUGGCUCUGGCAUGGGCUGGCUCACCCUGCCAGCUGGCUGCAGCCCCUGGGCCCGCCAGCCACCCCGCCUGGCUCACCACCCUGCAGUUUGCUCCUGGACAGCAGCCUCUCCAGCAACUGGGAUGAUGACAGCCUAGGGCCCUCACUCUCCCCUGAGGCUGUCCUGGCCCGGACUGUGGGGAGCACCUCCACCCCCCGGAGCAGGUGCACACCCAGGGAUGCCCUGGACCUAAGUGACAUCGACUCAGAGCCUCCUCGGGGCUCCUUCCCCUCCUUUGAGCCUCGGAACCUCCUCAGCCUGUUUGAGGACACCCUAGACCCAACCUGA